AAUAUUGGAGCAAGUCUCCUGGGGAGUGGGGAGUAUCUGAAGCAGAUAAACGUGAAUCUCAUAAUUCGCUCAGAGCUGAGCUAAAGAUUCUUAUUGCAAUACUACCGGAUAAAGACAUUGCGCAAAAAGACGAUAAACUUCAAACAAACAUUGAUUUAUGGAAUGAACAUAUGAAGAAAUUAGCGAAAUCGGAACGUAGACUAGAAAAUAUGGCAAUUGCCACCAUAUCGCGAAAAAAUGAGAGAGAAUUUCCUAGAACUUCACUAAGAACAGAGUCUCCUCAGCGAGGGUUGCAAGAAUUCGAUAGUGAUUCAUCCUGCGAUGAAAAAUCUUUCGAGUUUACGUUACAAUUCGCGACUUUUGAUCGUGGGCUCGGUAAUUAUGAAGAGGGAACAAUUAUUGAUCCUGAGCUAGCUCUUCUAGAAACCGAUGAGGAUCCAGUACCAGCUUCUGAGCGUCCCAUUAAUGAAGCAUUUGGAAAAGAUGGAAAUUAA